AUGUUGUCUAACGUCGAUGGCCAGCAUGCUGAUCAAACCACUCCAAGCGGUAAGAUCGAGUGGUAUAUGCAGUUCGAGCUGACCCUUCUGUAUCGGGCAAUUUUUCGCAAGACAGCCGUUCAUGCUAUUCCUGAAUCAGCAUUCGUCGUUCAAAUGGGUAUUUUUGCUGAGAAACGAAAAGUGGAUACAUUACAAUGGAUGAGACCAUACGUUGAGAUCUCUUUCCAAGCGCAUCCGGAUCCGAAUCGCUUCUUCUGACUGAUCGGAUACAUUGGCUCGUUGUUUGCGUUCAAUACUUUAACUGAUUUGAUUGCGAUUUUACGAGAUCCAUCGCAGUUGAACGCAUGGAGCGAUGUGUCGGUGUCGUUCGGGAAGGCACAUUGGCUAGAUUUUUGCAGAGUUUGCAAGGUGUGUUCGAGUUGUAGAUUCGGGAUUAUCGGCACAGCCAAGCUAACAGAUAUGAAUGCGGAAAGAACCAAUGCGUAG